AUGUAUGUGAGACUAGGGCUAGUACCUACAAUCAUUGCCUCGUCUGCUGAUGCAGCGGAGAAGGUCCUCAAGACGUAUGAUCACAUCUUUGCUAGUAGGCCUCAUCAUGAGGCAUCUCAAUAUUUGGCUUAUGGCCAGAAGAAUAUGGCAUUUGCAAAGUAUGGUGUGUAUUGGCGCAAAAUGCGCAAGUUGUGCACUCUGCACCUUUUGAGCAAUCGCAAGAUCAAUUCAUUUCAAUCCAUGAGAAAGCAAGAAGUUCAAUCUGGAGAAGCAGAAUUUCAGUUUGACCACAUGCUUGUAGCUGCAAUGGACACUACAACAUCAUCAACGGAAUGGAUACUCACUGAACUUCUUAGACAUCCCCAAGUGAUGAAGAAACUCCAAAAGGAGUUGCAAGAAGUGGUAGGCUUUGAAAUAAUGGUUGAAGAAUCCAACCUGGAAAAUUUGAAGUACUUAGACAUGGUUGUAAAAGAGGGCCUGAGGCUGCAUCCUGUAGUGCCACUAUUUUAUCAUGAGUCCAUGGAAGAUUGUGUAGUCGACGUACGGUUGCCACUACAGAUUUUCGUGGACGCGACUUUCAACUUGUACCAUUUGGCUCUGGGAGAAGAAGUUGUCCUGGAAUGCAGUUGGCAGCUACCGUUGUCCGCCUUAUGGUGGAACAAUUGGUGCAUUGCUUUCAGUGGGAGCUUCCAAAUGCAUGACACCUUGUCCUUGAUCUUGUUCCAGCCUGACAUGUCCAUAGACUCCAUUGGCAACGGAAAACUUAUGGGCGGAGGAAUGUUGCAUUGA